CACGAGGACGGAUAGGGACCUCGUGUGCGUCCUCUGCGUCCUUGUGCGUUUGCCAGCGCCCGGCUGCCCGGCGCUUCCAAGGCCCAGUGUUGCGCGGAGCCCGGAAGCCCGCGGACGUCUCACGAUGAGCCUGACCCAGAACCUGCGGGAGGUGAUGAAGGCCAUCAGCGGGGUCCCCGGUUUUGAUAAAGUUUUGGAAAAGGUGACGCUGGUCUCGGCGGCUCCUGGGAAGGUGACCUGUGAGCUGAGAGUCGAGGAGGAGCACACCAACAAGCUGGGCACGCUCCACGGGGGGCUGACGGCCACCCUGGUGGACAGCAUCUCCACCAUGGCUCUGCUCUGCACGGAGAGGGCCCUGCCGGGCGUCAGCGUGGACAUGAACAUCACGUACAUGUCACCGGCGAAAAUAGGCGAAGUGGUGGUGAUAACAGCACAGAUCCUGAAGCAAGGGAGGACGCUGGCCUUUGCCUCCGUGGACCUGACCAACAAGACGACCGGGAAGCUGGUAGCUCAGGGCAGACACACCAAGCACCUGGGGAGCUGAGGACAAAGGCCUCCCCACCCGGCGGGGUCGCGUGGGACGACUUCAUGUACCUAAUAAAUCAGCACAACCAGAA